AUGAGCCUCAGUUUAAGAUAUACACUCAUCACUCAUCUUUAUAAAACAGGUCGAGUAAGAGAACUAGAAGAAAAACGCAUUAAUAAAGAAAUGGCCAACAUUCGUUCAAAAUUUAAAGAGGGGAAUCUCAACGGAUAUCAAAAGAAAAAGUAUGUUUGCAAAUUAUUGUACAUGUAUAUUCUCGGCUGGGAAAUUGAUUUUGGACAUCUUGAAGCAGUUAGUUUGAUAUCAAGCCCAAAAUACAGCGAAAAACAAAUCGGAUAUUUGGCAGUAACACUACUCUUUCAUGAAAAUAGCGACCUUGUUCGUCUUGUUGUCAAUUCAAUCAAAAAGGACCUUGAAGAUAUGAAUGAAAUAAACAAUUGCUUGGCUUUACAUGCUAUUGCUAAUAUUGGUGGUAGAGAAAUGGCUGAAAGUCUUGCAACUGAUGUUCAUCGCUUAUUGAUCUCACCGACAUCAAAAAGCUUUGCAAAAAAGAAAGCAGCAUUGACGUUACUGCGUUUGUUCCGUAAACAUCCAGAUGUGGUACCUGUCACUGACUGGGCUGAUCGAAUUGUGUCCUUGAUGGAUGAUCAUGACUUGGGAGUUGCUCUCAGCGUGACGACAUUAGUGAUUACAUUAGCUCAAAGUUUUCCUGUAGAGUAUAGUGGUUGCUAUGAAAAGGCUGUGAAUCGGUUAAAGAGGAUCCUCAUAGAAAGAGAAUAUAGUGCUGAUUAUGUGUAUUACAAAGUACCCAUUCCUUGGCUGCAAGUAAAAUGUCUUCGUCUCUUACAAUACUAUCCACCACCAGAGGACCCUAAAUUACGCAGUGAUUUGAGCGAGUUAUUACAGAUCAUCAUUACCAACUCUCAAGACACGCCAAAGAACGUACAGCACAGCAAUGCACAAAACGCAGUACUCUUUGAAGCGAUCAAUCUCGCGAUCCAUCUAGACAGCAACUCAAGCAUCUGCGCACAAGCUGCUUCGCUCCUUGGUCGAUUCAUAUCCAGCAAGGAGACAAAUGUGCGAUACCUUGGACUUGAGACCAUGGCACACUUGGCUGCCUGUGUAGACUCGCUAGAACCCAUCAAGCGACACCAAGAGACAAUUCUAAUGUCUCUUCGAGAUAAAGAUAUCAGCGUUCGACGACGUGGUCUUGACUUGCUUUAUUCAAUGUGUGACGUAUCGAAUGCCAAGGUCAUCGUAUCCGAGCUGCUGCGGUAUCUUCAAGUCGCCGAUUACGCCAUGAGAGAAGAGAUGGUGCUCAAGAUUGCCAUCUUGGCUGAAAAAUUUGCGUCAACAUAUUCGUGGUAUGUCGACAUUAUUCUGCAGCUGAUUUCGACCGCAGGCGAGCAAGUCGGAGAGGAGGUCUGGUUCCGCGUGGUCCAGAUCGUGACCAAUAACGAAGAGCUGCAGGAGUACGCAGCAAAGACAGUUUUAAAUUAUCUGGGCUCACCUCAGUAUAACGAGACGAUGGUUAAGGUCGGCGGAUAUAUCCUUGGGGAGUUUGGACACUUGAUCGCCAAUUUGAGUGGAUGCAGCCCAAUUGAGCAAUUCACUGCUGUUCACAGUAAAUUCAAUCUUUGCUCUCUUCAAACACGUGCGCUACUGCUCACAACCUAUGUCAAAUUUGCAAACCUGUUUCCAGAGAUCAAAGGCCAAAUUUUGCCUGUCUUGAACCAAUACAGAUAUGUUUUGGAUGCCGAACUGCAGCAACGUGCAUGUGAGUACUUUUCGAUCUCGACAAUGCCAACAGAUGACUUGUUACAGACCGUAUGUGAAGAGAUGCCGCCGUUCCCUCAACGAGAAUCAACUUUACUGCUCAAACUGCAUCAAAAGCAAGAUGAUACAGAGGAGAAACGUAUUUGGGUGAUCGGCGGUCGAGAAGCCAAUGCAGAACGUCAGGAUACCCUGAAGCGUAUGGUCUCCGUUCGUUCAAAUUCGGCAGAUAAUCUUCAUCAGACCACGACUCAUGCACCGCCCACUCGGUCAGCCACCAUGCCUGUCUCUGGCAUUUAUUCUAGCAGCGAGCCUGAUCUACUCAUGUUUAACGACUUGAGUUUAGAGCCUCGAAAGCCUGCUGUGAUCACCAGUAUACCUACCGACACACCUCUGUCGACUGGAUAUGAACUAGGAUACAAUAUGCUGCUGUGUCACCGUGAAGGUGUCCUCUAUGAAAAUGCACAAUUGCAAGUCUCUGUCAACUCAGAAUACCACGGCUCGAGUGGCCGCAUUGCUCUAUAUUUGACUAAUAAGACGCCUACACCUUUGAUCGACGUCAGCCUGAUGGUUACCUCGGACCAGGUCAAGGCUGAGCUUGGACCUGACAGCACAGGCAUCUUACUUGCACCCGGCGCACAGAUCCAACGACUUAUUUCGAUUGAGUGUACAAAUUUGUUUGUAGAAUCACCCGAUCUUUACAUCCGAUACGGUCCUGCAGACACGCUUCAUUUGAAACUACCCGUCGCUUUGACCAAGUUCCAAGAGCCUAUCACCAAUAUGGACGGUGCCAACUUCUUUAGACGAUGGAACCAAAUUGGUGGCCCUCCACGCGAGAAUCAAGUGAUCCUCAAGAGCGAAGUACCCAUUCAGUUAUCAACCACAAGCUCGAUUUUACAAGGCUUUGGCAUCGGAUUGCUCUUGAACGUAGAUCCUAACCCAAACAAUUUUGUAGGAGCGGGCAUCGUCGAUGCUGGUCAGCAAGGUGGAAAGAUUGGUGUUUUACUUCGAUUAGAACCCAACUUGGAACAAAACAUGUACCGUCUUACAGUCAGGACACCUACAGAAAAUGCAUCUAGCAUUAUACGUGAGAUUUUAGAAGGGCCUUUAACCCGUGGAUCAUAAUACCCCCCCCCCUUUUUAAUUCUUUAUGCUUUUUUUGUGAUAAUUUGUUUUAUUAUACAGAAAAAAAAAAGAAAAGACAAGAGUGAUGUUUCUUUUAUGCAAUUUACAAAAAAGUA